ACAAGUAAACAAAAAAAUAACUCUGGUUCGCAAAAUUUUACAAUAAUAAUAAUAAAAAAAAACUUGCUGACGUGGAGAACUCUGGGAACAUCAUCCAGUUGACAGAACAACAAUGGCGAAAAGUCAAAAGGAUUUGACGAGAAAACAUUAUUUUCCCACUGAUCACCAUCGAUACCCAAGAUUUAUUUAAAAACAACAGGGCAAAAUGGUAACAUGAUGUUCACUCCACUCUUUUUAAAAUAAAACUAAAAAAGGCGAUGGAUAACUCGAUGUCAACACACGAGAGGUCGCGAAAUAUCUUCCUCUCGCCACCUCGUCUCUCUUCUCCGCAGCGCAGGCGUAUCCACAGAAUUACAAAGAGAUCUCCUCCUCCUCCUGCAUCAUAUAGAAGAUAUGAACACCCUUAAGGCCAUUCAAACAUCCUUCCCUCCACCAAACCAAUCAUUUGCUCAUGGAAAAAUAACUGCGAGCAGGAGGCAGAGAUUAAUCCUCUGUUUCUGCAAUUCGAAGGAAGCUGGAUCUGGCUCCUCCUCCCCAUCCGAAGGAGACAAGCGAAAGCAGGAACUGCUUGCGCGAAUUGCUAUGCUUCAAGCCCAAAAGGUUCGCCUCACCGACUUCCUCGAUGAGCGUUCUGCAUAUCUGACUCAGUUCGCUGAGGAUGCCACUGCCGAGUUCGACAAAAUCGGAGAGAAUGCACUGAAAGAACUUGAUGAAGCCAGUUCCAGGAUCAUGGAGAACCUGGAGAAUCGGAUGCAGGCUUUUGAAGAAACCGCAGAAAUUAGCAAACAGGAGAUUGAAAAGAACGAGAGGAUCUUGGAGGACUUUGAGGACAAGAUCGAGCGGGACCGAAAUGAAGGCCUGUUCUUCAAGAACCUGCGGGAAAAGGCACCUCCAGGGAAAGCAGAAGCAGAAGCUAAGUUGGAAGGGCAAAAGAUCAGAGAAGUCACAAAGGAGAGUGCAGGAUCAAAGAUUCGGAGAAAUAUUUACCUUGCCCUCAUGUCAUUGCUACUCGUCACAAUAGGAAAUGCUGUGCUCGCUACUCCUGAGGUGGAAUGGAGGAAAGUUGCAGCAUUGGGCUUGAUAUUUUUUGGCCUGCUUGCUCAGUACAUUUACGAGCAGAGCCUGUCAUCAACAACAGAGAAAACGGAUAAGAACAAAGAGUAGAAGUCAUAUACUAGUAGAAAUCCUCUCCCCUUUUUGGCAAAUAGAGGUCUUACCGAGUAUUGUCUGUUCUGUAUAUUCUCAGGAAUCUUGCGGAAGCAAUCCACUUUGUUCCUGUUUUUGCAAAUUCA